GGAAAAAGUUGGGUUAAAUUUUUGUUUAUUUAUGACACGAAACGUCAUGUCAUAGCCAAAAAUUAUCAGACAAAUAACAAACUAAUAAUUAACCAAAAUGAAUGGUCAAAUGAAAAGUAGCCCAGAAUCGCAACUUCAGAUGGCUAUUAGCAUCCUUCUGGAGUCAAUAGCUGAUAAGAGCCAGAUUGUGAUUGAGACGGUCAAUAGUUCAAUACGAAAAUUAGCCGAGAAGCACCCAAAUCAAGUCCUCAACUCUUGCUGUCACUUCUGCGAACGUACCCCAAAACCAACAAACGAACACCUCUCUGCGAUACUCUCAAUAAUGGAAAAAAUAUGCAUUGAACACAUUGUUGCAAUCGAUGGUGACACAAUUCUCCUAAUGAUUGACUUUUCUUUGCGUACUAUGAUCGAAAAUCAAAAUUACGAGCCCAUUGUCCAAAUGCCAGCUUCAAACGUUUUAGUGGCUUUGGGGCGAAAACACCACAUUCAGGUGAUGGAAAGCCUUCUCGGAAAAUUAGAAGUUGGGGUCAUACCGCACUACAUGAUCCCACACACUUUAGGAGCCUUAGCAAACGCCAACGCUUUUGGUGUUAUCCCCUAUCUCAAAAAUAUUCUUGCCAUUAUGUUGCCACUUUUAGGCGGAGUUAAAUUCGAUCCGUUGAAACAAGCUUUUUCUUACGCUUUGGGUAGUUUUUGCGAGGCUUUGGUUGAAUACACCUCAAACAUAGAUCAAGUGCCUGAUAACACUAUCACUAUAGAAAACUUCCAAGUCGAAAUAGGCAUGGCCUACGACAUUUUAUUCUCUUCGUGGUUGCAAACACGCGAACCCAAAGUCGCAGCAAGUGUCCUUAACGCUCUAUCUGCUAUUUUCCUCGUAUUAAGUGUGGAGAAAGUCACUCAACACACUCCCAGAAUCAUCCACACUCUCUUGAACUUGUACAAGAGGCAAGUAGAUGCUUACAACAUUACUAAAUGUUUGGGGGCAAUAAUACAAAAGGCUGCACGCGUCAAUGGAACGUUACUGGAGCCUCUCCUUUCAAACAUUUUGCAAGUUUUAUCCGACUUAGUGUGCGUUUCUCCCGAUUACGCUCAACCAGACCUCUUGAGAAAUCAUUCAGAGGUAUUGAGGUGUUACGAGUGUUUCGCUCUCCAUUUUACCGACAAUACCGUCGACCAGCUUAUCAUGCAACUGAAAAACAAUAACGAAAAAGAGCGAAUUAAAGCGAUUUUAGUCAUCACACAUUUGACAUCGUAUUCAACCGAACACGCGAUUCAGAGGAGGUUCAAAGACAUUGUCCGCCACUUGAGCGAAAUGCUCAACGAUCCGAACAUAAGGGUGAAGAAAGCCAUGAUGAAAAUAAUCGUGGCGUUUGCUUGUAAAGGGGUUCUUUUAAAUAAAGAAAUCAACCCCGACGGUCCCGAAAAAUACAUGGAAUUUCUUCUAAAAUUGUGCUGCAAGCCGGCCAAUUUAAAAAAUAACGAAAUAGACGGAGGCGAACUCUUUGACAUACAAAAAUCAGCCGACAACACUUUAUGCAUGUUGAGUACUUCUGUUCCCGAGCUGGAGUCAACUUUGUGGAGUCUUUUGAUGCAGUGUUUCCUCGGUCCGUCUUACGAUGACGCUGUUGUUGUUCUAUUGCGUUGUUUGACUCACUUAGCAUCGAGGAAAACAACAACAGAAGUGUGCGAAGGCGCUUUUGUCCGUUGUGUGACUUUACUAGCCAUGCCUUUGCCCGGUUUUAGAGGCACUUUUUUGUUGAAUUUUCUCAAAAAUAUCCGACCUUGUGACGUAGAGCGGUACAAAUCGGUCUGGGAUUUGAAAAUCCCGCAACUAGUCAAGUAUUUAGAGCAGAAUUAUGAUAAUUUUAACCACUUGGAAUGGCAGGACUUGGUGUUUGAUUUUCUGAGUAUUUUGCUUGAGUCUAUAAAAGAUCAGAAGUUCAACGAGACGCUUAUUUUAACAGCGCGGAAACAACUAGAAAUGUACAAUAAUAACAGAUACAUGAGCAGCGGGGCCGACCCUUCAGUCAAACAAACCGAGAAACACUUUCUGCUCAAAUGCUUGGCAAUGAUCCUGUGCCACUCGCAAGAGAAAGAAAUUAUUCUACAAACUUUGGACGAUAUUUUAGUAAAUGCGAAGCUGACUGAUUACUCUGAACUCAACGCUUGUGCUGAAGCUGUCGGUAUUUGUUCAAGAGUCCACUUGCAGUACGUCUUGGACAAACUCUCCCUGAUCAGAAAAGACGUCUUACUUAAAAAAUCGUCGAAGUUUUUUUCUUUCCUCAAAGACCAGAAACACGAAUUGGGGAUUGAGAGGAUAAGGUAUGUUAUAGUCUCGAGUUACGCUGAGAUUUGUAACGAGGCUUCCACCGAUAAGUUACUGAAAGUGAUCGAGUCUGAAAUCCUCGAUUUCGUUGUAAAUGAAUUAACAAAUGCUAAGGAUUUUUCCAUUCGUAAAGUUUGCUUACGUGCAAUUGGAAGUGUGGGCGAUGCCAUGCAUCCAAACAGAAAUUCGCUCCAUAUCCGAAUGCUUGACAGGGACAAGGUUUUGCAUUUGGUGGCUUCACAGGUGCACCUGCACAGCGGUCCCGAAUACAUCGAGUUGUUCCCGGUGAUUUUGCCAGUGAUUACGUCUCUAGUGCGCCUCCCGUUGCCACUCGAGUCGGACCAAAGGCUGAAAUUACUGAAACUUUGCUUCGAUAAUGUGUACAAUGCUUCCGCAAUUUAUUGUAAAAUAAACAGUGAUAACGAUAAUUACUACGGGGACUUGAAAUUAGUCCCGUUCGUCACAUCAAGCUUCACGAAGUUGAAUCAGCUCGUCCAGGAGUUGCUAAUGCAGACUUUGUCACCUGCGACGCUGGAUGAGAUCGUGACGUUGCUUGAACCUUGGCUGAGGCGAAGAAAGGCGGAACAAAGGCUUCCAGCGGUUGAGACUUUAAGACUGGUCCUUCAGACGUACUUAGACAAUAUGAAAUUUGCGUACGAUUGCCCGACAACGUUUGGGCAGACGGGGUCUCUGCUGGCGAAGAUAGUGCCCAGGUGCACCGACCCCAACAAAAAUAUUAGAAAGGUGGCAACUGAGUGUCUCUGUCUUGUCCUUUGCAUCGCUUCGCGAUACGAGGGUCACAUGCGGGACCACGACAAACAGCUAAGCAAUUCAAUGCAACACAUCCAGCAACAAAUCGACUCAGACGAUCCCAAACUCCUGUACAAUCUAACAUCAGACUUGGCCCACAUAAUAUGCGUAAACCUCCCCCACUUCCAACUCAUCCACCUUGUGGAUGGCCUAAUUGACGCUUUGCUGGACUGCGAAGCCUCAAGUUCGAAUGGCAGCAGCGUGGUGCUAAACAUGACACUCAAAAGCAAGGGUAGCGAGCUCCAAGGCCACGUCAACACGAUUCUGGACAAACUAAUAAUCCAACUUGGCAAAAUUCAAUGUGCCAGAACCCGUUCGUCAACAUUACGGAGCAUUUUAAAUUUUGCAACCCACCAUUCGAAAGCCGUGUGCCAAAUCCUGCUCAACCAACCCUUGCCGUUCGACGGUUCAAUUUGCGAUUGUUGGGCUGUUUUAUCAACCGACCAAACCCUAGUUUUGGAUUUAUUCGACAAUUUGAAGAAAGUCAUCAAACAAACAGCGCUUUAUGAAGAGCAAGGCAACGGCGAGAUUAAAAUUGCGACCUUGCAGCCGUUGCAAGCCGUGUGCGCCUUUCACGAGUUGCUGAAAAACACCCAAUUGAAGGACAUCUGCAAGCAGCACUUCCCCGAAAUAUUCGCGAUUUUUUUGGUGACUUUGGCUUCGUAUAUUGGAACCUCUGCCCCAGCUAUCAAAUUCAACAGCGAUAAAAAGGAGAAAUACGGUUUUGUUCUAAACCGGGAAGCUUUCAAGCUAAAACCCGCCAAAAUCGCGUUAGAAACGUUGAAAUCGUUUCUGAUUUGCUGCGCCUACACGCAGACUGCGGGUUGUUUGACCAAUUUAAUUAACGUGGAGGCGAAUGAAGAGUUGUCGGCGUUCCUGGAAACCAUGUCGUGUCUCGUUGAAGACGUGUGUGUGGAGAAUCCCGAGUCGCUUUCGUGGCUGGUGGCCUGCUUGGGGCCGUAUAUUCGGGCCGAGUUGGAGCCACAAAGAGUGGCCGUUGUGGCGUUCUUUGCCUAUUUGUUGAAACAGAAAGCGAAUCAUCAAACUGUUCUUGCGGAGAAUUUGCUAGAAAUGGUCUUGGAUGUGCAGAUGGAUUCCAGCUGCUUGGUUAGGAAGAUUGCUCUGCAGGCGUUGGGGUUUGCAGCAGAGGCUCUGAACACGGAUUUGGUCUCCAGGCAUUGUUCCCCGAUUUUGAGCGUGCUGAUGAAUAGUCUGGAUUACAACAGCAUCGGAAACGAAAGCGACGUCAUCCUUGAGGGAAUGCUGAGUUUUUCGAAACUGUUGACAACCCUCGAGGGUCGCAAAUUCGGCACGUGUCAAGUGACGGCAGCUGUGCGAAUCAAGCCGCUCCUUGACCAGGAAGACGUCUCACUUCGCAGGGCUUCUUUUCGCCUCUUGGGCGAUUUGGCGGCCUCCUUGGGCCCCGAAGCCAACGUUGAAGCGUUCAAAGAACAGGUUCAAGGCAACUUCAUUACCCUUAUUCUGCACUUGUGCGAUCCCGACGUUAACGUGAUCAAAACUUGCAAGUACACUUUACGCAAAGUGGCGAUUUAUUUGGACAGCCCCAAAGUGAACUCGAUGGUUCAGGAGCAUCUAAUUGACGAAGCGAACUUGCAUUACGUCGAUUUCAUCAAAGAUUUGGUUAAAUUAAUGGCGGAGGAAAUGCAAGAUUUGUUCAAUUUGUUCGUGAUGACGAGUUUGUCGUACUUGAAGAGCCCGUGGGUUCCGAUCAGGAGCAGCGCGGCUCUUAUGGUGGGGCUGCUAUUUUCACAAUUGAGUGCUGAGAAUAAGCAAAGGAUCUCGGUGGAUACGGUUUGUGAUAAGUUGAUGAGAUUGGUUAAUGACGAGCACGAGGAGGUGAGGAUGAGGGCCGUGCAAGCGAUCGCGUACUUAUUUAUUGAUUAAAAUUCUCCCCUUUUUGGUAUUUAUUCAUUCCAUGCUAUUAUGGGUUGCAAUCGCAGAGCUGAUGGACGAUUUACGUAAAUUGUAUAAAAAGAUAAAUGCACCUUACCUGAGUCCUUUUCAAUUUGCAAUUUUUGGCGCUUAUUUGAAUGAGAAUAUGCCACAAAAUUAAACUGAAAAUAUUGACAUUUAUGUCAAAUAGGUCACUGUGCAUAGCAAUCGUGAUUUUCUAGUUUUUGUAUAAGAUAAUGCCACGUUUACAAAGCGGUUUUUUAACGAUUUUUAAAAAAGGAAUUUCCAUUUUGUAACACGGUUUAGUUGAUACUGUUUAAGCAAUGACUGAAAAAUAGGUAAGUCAUAAUGAUUGUUACGAUGUUACGAUAUUCUAUAGUAAAAAUUUGUUUGACUUGUAUUUUUUAAACGCGGUGUAAACGCAGUUGAUAUUUUACUGAGUCAUAUAAAUCACUAUUGCUAUGAAAAAAUGUCAAUUUUCUCAAAUGUCAGUAUUUUCCUAUUUAAGUUCAAGGGGGCUAUAAGUGCACUUUCGGCCGGAUUCCGCACUCAGGUAUGUCCAAAUUGCGAAAACGUUGACCAGCCCUGUCUUUUAAUUGUGAUAUGUUUUAAACCAUGUUAAUCAAACAAUAUAAUCGAGGCUUGUUUGGAA